AACAGCCGGAGUGAAAACUUGAGGCGCUGACCGCGGUGCUGACGCGCCGCUCGGACCUGUGCUGACCCGAGCUCCGGCCAAACACCGACCAACCGACGUUCCCAGCCAUGGCAUGAACCAAAACCGCAUCCGACGUCACCGCGCACAGUAACAUGGACGGACGACUUGUGGAAUUAAAGCAGGAAUGAACACUCGGCAGCAUGCGUCUCCAGACGUCAAUGUGUGGCACACUUUCGUAGCUGCAUCGAUUUCAUGCGAAAAAUGAACCACAGCAAUAUAGGUGCCCUUCAAGCGUUGGAGAUCUGAGGUUUUUUAUCUGAAAAGAGGAACUCCUGAAAGCAAGAAAUGGCUCGUCUGCUUGUUCUGAUCAACUCUGUGGUCCUGUUGCUUUUUGGCAGCGACGUGUUCUUGGUCGGAGCGAAUCGACCACCUGCACCUGUCAACGUGUCCGUCAUGCACCUACGGGCUGAUUCAGCAACUGUAUCCUGGGAUGUUCCAGAGGGAGAUAUAAUAAUUGGUUUCUCCAUCUCACAACAAAGGCAGGACGGGCACAUGCUGCGAUUCAUCCGUGAGGUCAACACCACCAGUCGCUCGUGCGUUCUUUGGGACUUGGAGGAGGAGACGGAUUAUAUCAUCCAAGUCCAGUCAAUCGGUCUCUACGGGGAAAGCCAAGCCAGCAAGAAAGUUCAUUUUCGCACCCUCAAGAAGUCUGACCGCUUCCCCUCCAACAGCUCCAAUCAAGAUGACCCCACUGUGCAAGGUCUGGAUAAAUUCCGGCAUCUGCAAACUGGCGAGAUGAUCAUCAUUGUGGUAGUUUUGAUCAUGUGGGCAGCCGUUAUCGCCUUAUUCUGCCGGCAGUAUGACAUCAUCAAGGACAAUGACUCCAGUAACAAUAAGGAGAAAGCCAAGCCGUCAUCGGAGAGGAGCACGCCAGAGCAUCACAGUGGGGGGCUGCUGAGGAGCAAAUUUCAUCCUUCUGUGCCAUCUAUCAACAUAAUUGAGGUGUGAGGAGGCGGCAACAGCAGACGUCAGAGAUCUGUCUUUGUUCUCACAUCAAGACAUUUUCAACUUUUCUGCCUGAGUAGCAGGAAAAAUAAAUAAUCCUGACAGUUUGUUUUGUU